AUGAUCCUGCUAUGGAAGCAAAAAAUGGAGUAUUAUGCUUUGCCUCUACCUCCUCACGAACGCAGCCUGCAGAGGAGCUCCACAAGCGAGGACCCUCACCACUCAUCCGCGUGGCAACUGCUGCUGAAUUUUCGACAGAGCGGCUCCUUCGUAUCCGGAGGAGAAAUAUUCGCUUCCUUUGUGCUAGCCGAAGAAAUAGAAAACGCGGGUUGUUACCUCCAGCAAAAGCAGCUGCAGCGGAAGCAGCGGAGAAGUGGAACGCGGGAGAGGAAGCAUUUCUGCGCCGUUCACUGGAGCUCAAAGACCCGCUUGUCAAUGAAGCGCCAGUUCCCCUCCUUUGCAAGGGCGUCACUUGUCCCACUAAUGCAGGCCGCCAGUCGGUGCGACGCCAUAGUUGAAGUUCGAGACGCUCGCCUGCCUUUACUCUCCAGAUGCAACUUGCGUGUAUUGCACCUGCCAAAGCCCAAGGUUGUUGUCCUAACACACGCAGACCAGGCGAGCCCAACCGCAACACGCCGCUGGCAGCGGCACUUUAGACGCGAAAGUCGGGAAGCAGCGGCUUUGGAACUUCACAGUGAGCUCACAAGAGCUCGGACAAAAUUAAAGCAUCCCGCACUAUUCCGUUUGGUAUCCGAGGCUUGCCCGUUGGCCCCACGACUGCCCUAUUUAUUUGUUGACGCGCGGCAGCCCGCGGCCGUCGUGCGGCUGCAGCGGCUUUUGCGUAGUCUAGUGAGGCGGCACUGUCGGUACAAGAGAGAACUGGAAGCAUUCCGCUCACUAUGUAAACAGGCCUUCGUGGCUGCAGCAGCAGCAGGGAUAGACUCAUCCACUGAGACUGCCAAAGCGGCGCAAGUGGCUGCGUCCCUAAAAAAUACAGCAGAUGAAGCAGGACGCUGUGGGAAAACGCUCUCUACACGAACUAUUCUCCAGCAGAAGAAGCCCUUACGCAUUCUCAUCGUUGGGCUUCCCAACGUAGGGAAAAGCAAGAUCGCAAACAGUCUAGUGGGGAGAAAGGUGGCGCGUAGCUACCGUUGGCCAGGCACGACGCAGUCCAUCAAUGUUCAUAGGCAGCCGGUCACACUGGCGCGGCAAGGCGACAUGUCUCGGCUUUUCGACGUCGUGGACACUCCCGGGUUUAUUCCUGUCUACCCUGGUAAGAACAGCAAGAAGAAGCGGCUAACUUUAUCACAGCAGGGGCAACUGCAGCGACGCCUUGGCACAGCUUCGCGGCAGCGACAGCUCGAUUUGGGCAUUUUCUUUGAUUUCAAUCAUCCACCUCCUUCUCCUGAUGAACUUGCCUUACUCGGGGCUUUUCACUUGAUGCCACACAGUUGCCUUUUUACUAUAGAAGAAGCAGCAGUAGCCCUUGGGGACGCGUUCUUUCGCAUGAAAGAUUUAGUGCCGGGAGCUACUGACUUUGACAGGGUAAUGACUCGCUACAAAAUUGAUCCGCUGUCCGUAAAGCAUGAGAUGAACAUGGGGGUACAACUUCUGCUGAUGCUAGCGGAACAAAGACACCACUCCAACGAGGGCGCUGCGGCGCAGCGGCUCCUCAGUGAUUUCACUCAAGGUUACUUAGGAAGGCACACCUUUGAGCUACCUCCAGUGCGGCAUCCACCCCCGCGCGCUACAUCGACUGAAAUGACCACGAGGGACGUGCGAGAAACAGGAGAGGAUACACGAAUUGAUAAACCGGACUGCGUUGAGGAACACUUAGUUCAGCCGGCCUUCGAUGGAGUGCGUGGGACUUCAUUGCCGAGCACGGAACGCAGGAGCAGCCGCCAAGUCCAAACAGAUGAGCAAACGGUCACAGUGGGGCUGGCAGCAUCGAGGAAGCGAUGGACAAUGCGGCGUCACGGGGACAGAAUUUCCUUCGUGCUGGAGCCGCAAAAUUUUCGGCAGUCUGCGGCCCACGAUGGGGAGCGUACAGAAGUGCUUCAGAGUGAGGAGCCUCAAGCGACUUGCCGACCUCGCCUAAGCUGCAGUAGUAAAAGAGGAACAGAAGGCGUCCCGGGAGCAGCACAAAGCCAAGCAGAAAAGGAAGAACGGAAGUGCAGUGCUUCCUCCACCUAUGGAAGAGGAAUACAGCAACAGUCGCGACCGUUGGCACCAGGAUGGCUUGAAGGGUGGUAG